CGGGGUGAGGCGGCGGCGCUCGCGUCGCUCGGCCCCUUUCCGUGUCGGCCCUCGCAGAGGGAGCAUCGCGCGCUGCCGCCACCGCCCGGCCCGCCCCGCCCCGCGCCGCCGCCAUGGCCAAGGCCGAGUCCCCGAAGGAGCCGGAGCAGCUCCGGAAGCUUUUCAUCGGGGGCCUGAGCUUCGAGACCACGGACGAGAGCCUGCGCAGCCACUUCGAGCAGUGGGGCACGCUCACCGACUGCGUGGUGAUGCGGGACCCCAACACGAAGCGCUCGCGGGGCUUUGGCUUCGUCACCUACUCCUCGGUCGAGGAGGUCGACGCCGCCAUGAACGCGCGGCCACACAAGGUGGAUGGCAGGGUGGUGGAGCCCAAACGGGCCGUGUCCAGAGAGGACUCGCAGCGGCCCGGCGCGCACCUGACGGUGAAGAAGAUCUUCGUGGGCGGCAUCAAGGAGGACACGGAGGAGCAUCACCUGCGCGACUACUUCGGCCAGUACGGCAAGAUCGAGGUCAUCGAGAUCAUGACCGACCGCGGCAGCGGCAAGAAGCGCGGCUUCGCCUUCGUCACCUUUGACGACCACGACUCCGUGGACAAAAUCGUCAUCCAGAAGUACCACACGGUGAACGGGCACAACUGCGAGGUGCGCAAGGCCCUGUCCAAGCAGGAGAUGGCCAGCGCCUCGGCCGGCCAGCGAGGCCGCAGCGGUUCCGGAAACUUCGGCGGCGGCGGCGGCCGCGGCGGCGGCUUCGGCGGUGGUGACAACUUCAACCGCGGUGGCAACUUCGGGGGACGUGGUGGGUUUGGCGGCGGCGGCCGUGCCGGCGCCUGCGGCGGCGAGGGAUUUAAUGGAUUUGGCGCUGACGGUUACGGCGGCGGCGGCGGCCCCGGCUACUCCGGGGGCAACCGGGGCUACGGCGGCAGCGGCUCCUACGACGGCUACAACAACGGCGGCGGCGGCUUCGGCGGCGGCAGCGGGGGCCGGCGGCCGGCGCGGGGACCGGCGCUGGCCGUGCGCAACGGGCUGGCCGAGGCGGGCACAGGCAGCAAUUUCGGGGGUGGGGGCAGCUACAACGACUUCGGCAGCUACAACAACCAGGCCUCGAGCUUCGGGCCCAUGAAGGGCGGCAGCUUCGGGGGGCGCAGCUCGGGGCCCUACGGCGGCGGCGGCUACGGCAGCUCCAGCGGCGGCGGCAGCUACGGAGGAGGGAGGAGGUUUUAACGGCCAGGAGCCGGAGCCGGGCGGGAGCCGGGGCGGUGCCUGGAGCCGGCGCCGGGCCGGGCAGAGCCCCCGGGACCCCCGGGACCCCCGAGGUGG